UUGAAUCAGGCCGGGCUCUUCCGGGCAUGUGCACCGCUGUCAACUCCGAAAUGUAAACAGGAAAGUCUGUUGGGCGAAAAUCCGCACGUCUCUGAACAUUACAUUCGAAGACGCCGCGCUGACUUUAGCUCGUUAGCAGCUCGUAAGCAGCCCGAAGUUGCGGUGGAGGAGCCCGGAUGUCAGAGGUGGAGCAGGGGGCGAGGAGAUGGGUUCCGUCCGGUGGGCUUUCCGCUGCGGAUCGUGGACGCCGGGCAGGUCAGACUGGCUGUUCGCUGCUCGCUGCAUCCAGCGGGAGGAGAAAGAUCGGAUCGGGCAGUUUGUGUUCGCCAAGGAUGCAAAGUCAGCUAUGGCUGGACGGUUGUUGCUAAGGAGGCUUGUGUGUGAGAAGAUGGGGAUCCCAUGGUCAGAGAUCAGACUGGAGCGAUCUCCCAGAGGCAAACCUUACCUGGCAACACCUGGCAAGGUCAGUUCAGAGUCAGAUCUGGCCUGGAGUUUCACUCUCUCCCACCAAGGGGACUACGCAGUGCUUGCUGCAGAGCAGGGGAGGCAGGUCGGGGUGGAUAUCAUGAAGACCGCCAUGCCAGGUUGCAGCUCUGUGCUGGAGUUUUUCCGCAUUAUGACUCGUCAGUUUACAGCACACGAGUGGAGCGCCAUCCAAUCAGCCGGCUCGGAGCACCAGCAACUCGCCGCGUUCUACCGCCACUGGGCCCUGAAGGAGAGCUUCAUCAAAGCCAUCGGCACCGGUCUGGGCUUCAACCUGCAGAGGGUGGAGUUUCACCUGCCGUCUGAGCCACUCACACAGGACCGGGUACUGCACCAGACCAAGAUGCAUCUAGAUGAGGAAGAAGAAGAGGACUGGGUAUUCGAAGAGAGUUUACUGGAUGCUGAUCAUCAUGUUGCUGUAGCACUCGGACCAGCAGACAACACAUGCCCUGCACCUCGUCCGCCUUCUCUUCUUCCGCCCACCACAUUUACCGUGCUGUCGUUCAGAGAGCUCAUCGACUCAGCCUCACCUCUAACAGACGAAGACCCCACCUACUGGGAUAGCUUCAAGAUGAAGGCUGAAGCCCCGCAGAGACAGAAGGAUACACACACGUCCACAUAGCCGCCCGUCUGAAGCCGACACUCAGCUGCCAUACAAACGCACACCUUUCAGAAGUGCCAAAGAAGAAAAACACUGACACUGAAGUCGCUUUGGUAUUCAACCCGAAUCCAGUCACGUCCUGUCAAGUUUAUUUGCCAAGCCAGAAUUUACAGGCUUGUCUCAAAGGACCUAAGAACUUAGACAGUAUCUGACACCAUCUAUCUUUAGAUUCUCAGUUCUGAUAAGUAUAAAAAAAGACAGGGAAUUCAACAAAAAUCACCAAACCAAUACACAGACACACAAUAUAUCCAACAUGUCAUUUUGUUUUCUUUCUACACACUGAAUCAGAUUUAAGUCUCAUGAAACUAGAAACUGAUUGGCAACCACCAGGCAACAUCUGGUCACAUGACUGGUUGGUGAGAGGUUUCUGUCAGUUGUUGUGAAAUUGUGAAUAAAUCCUAAUUCUUACCUCAGCCUCCAGAAA